UAGCCGAAUCGGUCUUCAGGUGUAUAUUGUUGUAUAUUCACAUUUUAUGAAGUUGUGAAAUGUUUGUACAUGAUAUGACACCGGCGUUUAUUCACAAGUCGGGGAUCUUAACACUAGUUCUCCCCACAUAGAGUUAUUAAUGGUCUGGUCCAAAAUGGCUGUACAGAAACAGUUGUGAAGAUGUGUCGUUCUUCAUAAGAAACGAAUAUGUUGCGUCGUGCAAAUUUGUGAAGAGUCCUCUGAGGGUGCAGGAGGAUAUACAUGAAAAGAAAUAAAACACCCCACAACGUGGAAUUCCUACUCAGGAACUUAGGGUGUCUCCUCCCCAACUCUGAGUUCAGCAAGUGGUGUCAAAUCAACAAAGCUACGCAGAGCGUCAGCAGCAAACAAAGUAGUCCUUCUUACCUUUAAAUGAGUUCUAUUGUAUAUACAAGUACUAUUUGCUUUAGAUCAAUCAACAUACAAAACAUCUCCAUCCAUUUUCUGUAUUGCUUAUCUUACACAGGGUCUUGGGGAGCCUGGAGCCUAUCCCAGGCGACACCCUGGACGGGUGCCAAGCGAUCGCACAAUUGCGCACACACACUUGUAUGCUACGGACAAUUUAGAGAUGCUAUUCAGCCUACAACUCAUUUCUUUGGACUGGGGUAGGAAACCGGAGUACCUCAAGGAAACCCUGAAGCACUGCAACCUCUGCAUACACAGGGUGGAGGCAGGAAUCGAACCCCCAUCCCUGGAGUGACAAUGGCAGCCAUGAAAACCCAGGAGCAGCGGACUAGCCCCUUAAAAUCAACCAUACACAAUGAUGGCCGUCCUAUUGCACAGGCAAAAGCUAUUCAGUUCCGUACCAUUGCACCUAAAGCUCCAACAUUGGGUUCAUCCUCUGCGGUGAUAUCCAGCCAUCCACCCUCUACCCUUCCAGAGGCUUCUACAGCUGUCAGUCCUAAAUCCAUCUUAGUACCUGCACAGAACUAUGCACUCAUGCAGGUAGCUGGGCAGGAGGGUACUUUCUCAUUGGUGGCUUUGCCUCAGACAUCACCACAAAGUCAAGUCCAAAAGAAUUUAAAACUGCCCAUUCCUAGAUAUCAGUCAAUAAGAAGCCAGAGAGCUUCUGAGAAAACUAGUAGUAAGAUGCAGAACUCAACCAAGUUGGUCAAGCUUCCACUGGCAAAGUCUACAGUCAAAACAAACGUGGGUGUUUCCAGUUCACCUGAGACCCUAGAAUCAUCAUCUGAACAGAUUGUCGGGAUGGGCUCUGCUGCUUCAUCUGAAAUCUUGCUGCCAGACAAUGCUGUCCUUUGCACAGGGUCACAGUCAGAUCAAGCAGUGAAAAGAAGCGUUGAUUCUCUAAACAACUUCAGCUACUCCACUAGAGCCUCUGCCACUGCACUUGUUGCUCCUGUCAGUAACAGCAAAACCAUAAAAACAGAAGGUACCUCUGCAGGAAAUGCUAUUACUGUUCUCUCCCCCACCAUCUUCAGCAAAGCUGUCCAGAUAAUCCCCUCUCCCCCCAAGGGCAAACUCCCCAUUCUGCCAUACGCCAAGGUGAAGAAUUCCCUCUUACCAUCUACAGGUCUUGCCAACACCCAGUCCCCAGUGAAAGUCUCAUCGAAUCAGGCCAAAAAUAGGCCAAAAAGCUCUCUGGACAUCAAAGGCAUGGUCACAGACAGCAGAACCAGGAGUGCAAAUAGCACCCACUGCAAGAAACCCACAGGCAAGAGGCGAGGGAGGAAAAGGAAAACCAUGGAGGACAUUCUGUCCUUUGAGGCAAAGAAGAAGAGAUCUUUGUCAUUUUUCUCCAGGAGAAUACCAGAAAAACCACCAUCUGGCACCCAGUCGUCUUCUUCACAGGUCAAGGUUGUGGACAUUUCGAAAAAGUAUCGCAGCAUUCGCCCAAAGCCUAUUCUAGUCAUGGAAACCACUGUUCCUCAACUUGUACCACUAGCUUCUCUUUCAAGCUCUAAGAACAUUGACCAGAAACUUGUCAUGGGGCAGGAGAUGUCAGGAAAAACACUUAGUGCUGUCCAGCCAGGCUUAGUGUCUAUACCAGCACCAGGGCAGCAAUCUAUGGCUGAAACUGGAAAUUGUGGAAGGUUUGCAUAUGUAGGUAGCCGUGCACUCCACCGAUGUACAACCUGCAGUAGGUGUUUUCAGUUCAAGCAUCACUUACAGAGUCACAUGAACAGCCAUGGUAACCUGAGACCGUAUGGAUGUCCGGUGUGUAGGAAAGCCUAUGCUCACUCAGGUAGCCUAAGCACACACAUGAAGCUUCACCAUUCAGAGGGGAGGCCCAGGAAGAGCCUCCGCUGUGAAUUUUGUGAGAAGGUGUUUGGGUAUGUCGGUGUGUACUUCAGCCACCUCCGAGAAGUGCACAGGGUCAUCCUUACUGUGGAGCCAUCCAUCCGUCAACAUGAGGAGAAUACACCCAUAGAAGGUUUUGUGGACUCUGAGGACCAGGCUUCAGAACAGCGCGUGGAUCCUGUGGAGUUGCAAAUAAAGUGUGGCCGCUGCCAGGCAAUCACGCCCACUUUUGCUGACAUGAAGCUACACUUGUUGUAUGUGCAUGGCGAGGAAGUUCAAGUCCAUCUAAAAGAGGGGGUCGUGCAUGAGGGACGCGAGGCUGAGAAUGAACUGGUUAAGCACGCAGCCCACUAUUGGAGGCAACUCAAUGAGAGGCGCAACUUGGUACGUUGCGGAAGUUGUGAUGAAGAGUUCUUCUCGUUCUCCAAGCUUGAGUGCCACCUGCAUGCCCACCACCAAGGGGUUAUAGAAAGUCAAGACGAAGAACACGAACUGAAGAAAGAAGCUAAAGACGAGUACGUCUCCGAGGGUUUGGUCACAAGCGUGACCUUUAGAGCAGGGUCACGCUUUAAUUGCAUCCUGUGCAGUGAGGUUUUGAACAGCAAGCAGGAUGUUCUGGAGCACUGGAGGGCGGUUCACAAGUGUGAAAACCCAGUCAUGCUGUGGGAGGUUCUGGAUUCAAAAUGAGAGUACAAAUCUGCUCUCAACCUAAGGUAGCAUCCUAAGGAGCAGUAUGUAUGGAACAUUUAUCAGUUUCUUUCAUAUUUUUAAAAUGUCUGUUUUGCACUGUUUUGUUUUGAUAUUGAAAGGAAAAUUUGACUGCUUUAAUUUAAACUGUUUGCUUUUUAUAUCAGUUGUGAAGGUUUUUUUCUUUUCUUUUUUUUUCUUUAAACUCGUAUGUGUUUCUUUGCAAUGGACAUGGUUCUGACAUGAUUUUAUUCCAACACAGUGUUUUGAAAAUUCAGUUUUGAGCAUUAUAAAUGCACAUACAGUGGGGUCCAAAAAUCUGAGACCACUAGUGAAAAUGCAUCUGUUUGGCAUUCUUUUUCAGCUUAGCUUUUCAUCACAAAUGAUAUUAUCAGCAACAGUGUGAGUGAAAAGUAGACGCUUAGAAAUAUUUACUUGAAAGUCAGAGUUUUAGUAUUUGUUAUGUCCCCGUUUGUCUUUAAUGACAGUGUGCAAUCGAGCUGGCAUAGACUCUACACGUUUCUGCAAAUCCUUAUGAUCUAUUUUAGAUUCAAAUCCAACAGCGUGUCAUCUCGAUACGUGCUCCAAUGGAAGGCAUAACACUCACUGUAAAUCUCACAUUUUGUACAAAGGAGUUAACAUAGUCAAUAUCACAAAUUUGCUUACAUUUAAAUAGUGACCUAGAAAUUGUGCAACAUGUUGCACAUUUAUUUAUUUAUUUAUUUAUUUAUUAUUAUUUUUUAAAUAUUCAAAAUUCUAAAACUUUUUUCCAAUAUGAUUUUCAAUAUGGUCUCAGACUUUUGAACAUCACUGUAUAUACAAGUAAUUUAAUCAUUAAUAUUAGAUGUUUUUGCUAGUGAGUACAUGAGUUGAAAUGUAUAUUUUUGUGAUGCAGGGGUGCUAUCCAUUGGAAGAUAAUUAAAACUGCUUACUCAUUGGCCCAGGGAGUGUUUGGGAAGUGCUUUAGUUUCAGGAAAGCUCCAUGGAAAUCAAACCUCUGAUCUAAUGUGGAAGGUCAGUAAAGGAAUAGUUUAACCAAAAUUUCAGUGCACUUUGAAUAUCUGAGUGUCUAGCAUGAUGCUGAUUGGCAGCUAGUUGUAAUUAUACCCUUGUAGCCUUGGAAAAAAGAAGAAUAUUCAGGCUGGAAAGCAGCUCAAAAACUUAUCAUAGGUAUCAUAAGUUAAGUUGUACAGUAAUGAUUGCAGAAUGGUGCUGGUAUAUUGUUGAUUUACCACUUUAUAGACCCCUGUGUUUAUAUACAGCCUUCCUGACCCUCAUCCUGACUCUAUACUUUGCUCCAGUGCUGCCACCUCUGCUGAGGAUGUGUUCAGUGGAAUUCUCAGAGCUGCUUAUCUCAGUUAAGGAAAUAAAAUAUAUUCUAAAAAUCCUAUUUUAUAUACAACUUCUAGUCUAAAGCAAGAGUUCUCUAUACGUGUGUGCACGAGUGCGUUAAGCAUUGUUUUUUAAACUUUAGAUAUAUUUAAAUAUUAUUUUCUGUUUAAAGUAUCACAGGGUAACUGAAUGUACCUUAAAUGUUUCAAAACCCUACCAAAUGUUAUAUACAUUUACUGAAAUAGAUUUUAUAUAUAUAUAUAUAUAUAUAUAUAUAUAUAUAUAUGAUAGAAAGAUAGAUAGAUCACAUAGAUAUAUUGAGGAUAGCUUAUAUAUUUGCAAAUUGACAGUUAUGCUGUUGUUGUAUCUUGAAUAGAGAAAGUACUUCUAAGAUUAAAAACCUCUAUGCCACGUCUUGUAUUAAGCAUACUUGCAGCUCUUGCUAUGUACUGUAAAUGCCUUCUUGCUUCUUACGAAACUUGUGGGUACAUUCUCUAGACACAGAUCAAGUCUAGCCCUGGACUUGAAAUACAUUUCAGUGUGGAAGGCAUGUGACAUUGUGGUGCUGUGGAUGUUAUGUUUAAAUGUCUAGAAAAUGUCAGGAUGUGUUCAUAAAGACAGGGCGCUGCUUAGAUUUCUCACCAGCACUCUCAUUUUUGAAAGGAUUACGGUGCAUGAAAGCAUCUGAGAACUGCCUCUUUGUUAUCAGACUGUUUGUCUGACAAUCUGGAGUUUAGAUUUAGAUAAAGUUUUUGAGCUUAAGUGAACAUACUUGGGUUGAAAGUCAUCGUGGAUUGUGAUGAUGGUCGAAUCCCCAAAGAGUUACAUAUUAGCUGUGUUUAAGCUGAAGUUUAAAACGUGAACAAAAACAUGUUUGGUGUCUAUAGGUGAUAAGAAUGUGGUCCCCUCUUGUCCCGAUAAUUACACAAGUCUGUUUUAGAUGGCUUUAGCCUAACUUGUGCAUGUGUGCUCCUGUCCUAAACCAGUGAAGAUAAAACAACAUAACUGAUUGGUACCUAAAUAAAAAAGUUAUGAAAUCUGA